CCCGGUUCCCUCUCCCGGGAGCGGCGGCGGACGCGCUGCUCCCACCCCCUCCCUUCUUAAAGGCUGUCCCCUCCCUGGUAGUGACCGCGGCCCGACCCUCGGCAAGGCAAUGGCGGGGGCCCCGAGCGCGGGCUAAUGUGCUUGGGUGCCCUGCCAUGGGCUGUAUUGGCUCUCGGAGCCCAGCGGGUCAGGCAUUUCUGGGGACCGCCAGCUGGCUGAGGCUCAGGGACAGAGACGGCUGCUCCAGCUAAAAGUGGCUUCAGACCCUGCCUGGGCUGUGGAGUGGAUCGAACUCCCUCGAGGUCUCUCUCUGUCCUCCUUGGGAUCUGCUAGGACUCUCCGAGGUUGGAGCCGGUCCCCCCGUCCUUCCUCCGUGGACAGCCAGGACUUGCCAGAGGUGAAUGUUGGAGACACAGUCGCGAUGCUGCCCAAGUCCCGGAGAGCCCUAACCAUCCAGGAGAUUGCUGCGCUGGCCAGAUCCUCCCUGCAUGGUAUUUCCCAGGUGGUGAAGGAUCAUGUAACAAAGCCUACAGCCAUGGCCCAGGGCCGUGUGGCUCACCUGAUUGAGUGGAAGGGCUGGAGCAAACCUAGUGAUUCAUCUGUUGCCCUGGAAUCAGCCUUUUCCUCCUAUUCAGACCUCAGUGAGGGUGAACAAGAAGCUCGAUUUGCAGCAGGAGUAGCUGAGCAGUUUGCUAUUGCAGAAGCCAAGCUCCGGGCAUGGUCUUCAGUGGAUGGUGAUGACUCCACCGAUGACUCCUAUGAUGAGGACUUUACUGGGGGAACUGACACAGAUAUGGCUGGAUCUCUGGGGCCCCACCUCCAGGACCUCUUCACAGGUCGCCGAUUCUCCCGGCCUGUGCGCCAGGGCUCUGUGGAGCCUGAGAGCGACUGUUCGCAGACCGUGUCCCCGGACACCCUGUGCUCUAGUCUCUGCAGCCUGGAGGAUGGGUUGCUGGGCUCCCCAGCCCGGAUGAUGACCUCCCAGAUGCUGGGUGAAGAGCUGCUCCUUGCCAAACUGCCCCCCAGCCAGGAAAGUGCCUUCCGCAGCCUGGGUCCAUUGGAGGGCCAGGACUCAUUUUACAACUCACCCCUCACGGAAUCCUGCCUUUCUCCUACUGAGGAGGAGCCUGAUUCUUGCAAGGACUGCCAGCUGCUCUGCCCACUGCCUGUGGGCAGCUGGGAACGGCAGCGGCAAGUCUCUGAUGUGGCCUCUUCUGGGGUCAUAUCUUUGGAUGAGGAUGAGGUGGAGCCUGAGGAACAGUGACCCAAGUCAUGCCUGGUGGUGGCAUGUCUCCCUUGGCUGCUGCCAGGGGCAGAGCCUCUGUGGCCAAAUGUGGGCUCCGAAGCUUAGAGGGCUUCUGGGAGCACUCACUUCUCCAUUGUGUGUUUGCAUGAAAGUGUUUGGAGAGGAGGCAGGGGCCAGGCUGGGGGGCGCAUGUCCUGCCCCCGCUCAUGGGGUUUGCUGGGGCUUGCCUGGGGCCCCUGGGGCAUGGUUACAGCUGUGGCAGACAGUGAUAUUCUUGCUGCAAUUCCUCCUGGAUGAUGUGAAACUAAGGGGGUUGUUUUGACUGUGCUGGGGGGGGGGUGGUGGGAAUGGAGGGAGCCUGGCCAUCUCCUCCACCUUCCCCAGUGUGCCUCUCCUCUGCUUCUCUCCUCACCUGAGUCCAUGUGCAGUGCUUGACAGAUCAACCUCCACCUGUGGGGCUGGCUCCUGCCUUCUCAGAGUCUACAGAUUGAGCCCUAGGGGCCCCUUGCCCAGCUGGGCUCUGCUGUGCUUCACCUCUCCAUCAUCUCUAAACCUUUUUUCUUAAAGACA